AUGUCUUUGUUAAGUCCAAUCUCUCGAGCCCCAUCGAUGGAUGUGGCAGGUCCUUCGCGUUCGACACCUUCUGAAUACGAGAUGGACGCCGAGACCUCUGCGCUGAUCGCCAAACUUGCGCUAGAAGAUCUUAACGAGGUCUACGCGGCGCGCAAAGGCAAAGCGCGGGCAGACGCGCCGCCUACGGACGAGGAGCUCGCGUUUGAGAUGCAGUGUUUGCAUUACCAGCAGUUAAUUACGCUAGCGGACGAUGAGCGGUUGGCGAAGAGUAUUAGCGACGCUGUGAGUGCGGAUGAGGCGUAUGUGGCUGCAUUGAUGGCGGCGGAGGAGGCAGCUGAGGCAGAUCGACGUGCGGCGGAGAUGUUAGCGAGGGGAGAGCCGAUGCCGGAGCAGAACGAGGCGCAGGCGAGGAUGGAGGAUAGGUCGUUUGUUAUGCAUCCUGAACCACCGAGGGGCAAUAGCACAAAUUCUACAGCGACGUCUGUAAAUAUGGGAAAGCAACGGGAAAAGCUUGUCGAUAUAGCAGAUGAAGAAAAUGUUGGACCGCCAUCGACAUUGGUUACUCCGCCUUUCAUCAAGCCUACAAAUGACAGCAACCACACCCAGGUGUCCAUCGCUAAAGUAAGCGUGGGUGGACCUGCUUCGAGUUCUUCUUCAACAACCAAGAAGCGACAUCCAACGUGA